AGUUAUGUCGCGGACCCCGAUGCAGACGAUAUCCUGGCUUGCAUGGAGAGCGCAUCAUACCACCAGGUUGAAGCAGUGCAAGCUAUCGUUAUGAAUUAUUUGCGAUCUAACACCUCUCUCAGAGUAUCUAUUCCCGUGAGUUUGUGAUCAUUCGGACUCUACCCACAUUAUGCUUACAGUUUCAAAGCUUCAAGGAUUUCAGACUUUUCAGUUAGAGUUCUCCUUGCCGUACUUGGUGCUCAGAGCUGUCCCAACAUCGGAGAAACACGGAAGGGGCGCGAGAAACAAGCAACAGUGUUGGACGGAUCUAUCCUUCCUCAACAUUUCGUCCAGCGCAGAUACGAAUUCACAUCACACCAUACAUGAGAGCCAGGUGUCAAUUGUCCUGUUCGGUAUUGAUCACAAUCAAUGGACUGGUUACGCGUUUGCACGGCGAUGCUGCACAGACACAAACGAAAAUGCAGAACACGAAGAUGGAAGCUACAGCGACGAACUCAGCAAAGAAGACGGGCAUCUUCUAGAGGAUGAACUUGAGAAUAACCCUUUUUCCCUUCAUGACGGGGUACCAUCUGAAAGACAUGACUUUGUCUGGGACCCUAGAGCGUACUGGCUAUGCAUCGUCGCUAGAAGACUCCGUAUUGUGCACCAAGAAUGGGAAUAUCUAGUACACCGCGUUGAUCAUGCAGCGAAGGCUUUGCACAAAAGUCCCGUCUCUGCAGCAAACGCAAAUCCGACAACAAGUGAACUCAACCGAAGUUUAAAACUCAUGCUGCUUGUCCAAACACUGCAGGAACGUAUAUUGACUGUCAUUCGCGCUUGGGAAGAAUUCUCCAGCCCUAGUGGAGAUAUUGCUUACUUCGAGGACCUCGAUGAGUGUUACAUUCAUGCGACGCUAAAUAGCAUCCAUGAAACCUUCGAAAAUCUCAAGCAGCUUGAACGAAAGCUUGAUUCCAUGGGCAAAUACUGCGAGAGGAAACUGCUUCAAAUUCGCAUGGAGGUAGAAUCCAGCCGCCCGAAUUAUGAAACCAAUGAAAUAGCUCGACGCAUUCAUUCACUGUGCCUUCUGACCAACGCCCUAGCCUUCGAGUCACAAAAGCUCCACAGGCGUGGCACUCAGGCUGCAGAAACAACAUCCAAAAUUUCUCGUUGGAAUGUCUCAUUAAUUUGGAUAAUUACUCCCAUCAUCAUAACCCUGCUGUACUUUGGCUCAGACCGAAACAUAUUCUCUUUCGAUCGUAACACCAAGACAUUCUUCAUCUCUAUGGGCGUACUUAUGGUUGCUCUUCCUCUGAUUACAUGGCUUCUGAAUAUCGUUUUAACCAAGAGUCGUGCGAUCAUAUUCAAAACGGUCUGGGUGCGCUCGUCUUCGGCUGUUCGGAGGCAAGCGGCGAGCGAAAAGCUUUUCUUAGCAUGACCUUAGGGCACCGCAUACUAUUGUAUGAAGCAAAGGACUGUAGUACUCUGCUCUUGUAAAGUAGACAAGCUCAUCUGUCGUUACAUAUCGAGAAGGCAGCAUAUCCCAGAUUCGCUUGAUUGAAGCAAUAGUACCAAUUACACAUGUCCAAGAAUAAAUUCAGAGAUCUUCAUAGCCUUGGUGAAAGCUUCUAGCAACUUCUGCUCGCCAGUCAAUGAUUGUCAAUGGCUUGGCACGCAAACACUCAUUGACGAGUCAGUUCCUACAAAGUCAAGCUCUCCUGCCAAUACAUCCUAGCGAGGCACUUUCCUCCA